AUGCAUGCUUCAGAACCCCCGCCUCGAUUGCAGACCAGCUUCGCCCGUUCCGCCGAGCCGCUGCAGAUGACAGCAUCGCCCAAGCGCAAGCGCGGCCCUUCAGACCCCGCUGUACCGACGACGCAACCCUUCGCACCCCGCCUCGAUACAUCCGCCCUCCCCGGACACAUCGAAGCACGCUGCGCCAGCACCUCCGAUCUCCACAGUAGCGCACCCGGCGCAUUACUCGCAGCAGUCAACGCCGAGUCCGGCUCCGAAAGCCCGCGCUCGCGAGUCGCAAAUCAAUUCGAGCGCUUGCAAAUCCACAAGGGCGGCGGAGGAGGAGGAAGCGGCGGCGCUGUCCCGGUGAUAGACUUCGGUUGCGAUGAUGCAGGCACCAUCGCGACAAAGAAGGCAAAGCACAGCGACAAAUAUGUCGACAGGCAACAGCUAGCACUGCGGGAGGGAGGAAACCCCUUGUCGCAUCCACACGAGCUGAACAGUCCGCCGCCGCAGCCGGUACUGGAGAUUGCGGAAACGCCUCAACCCCCAACUGUCCGCUUCGCCGCCACAGCAACGACAAUCACAGGGGACGGGGGGGCCCAACCGUCACCGUCUUCCUCGCCCUCCGUAAAACUCUUCUUCUCGACGCGCCGCCCGAACCCGAAGCUACAUCGCCGUUCGCAGUCACCUUCGAUCCGGACCUACGCUACGUCAUCGGGCCCCUCGGCCUCCGCAUCGUCAUCCUUGGCGCCGCCGCCAUCCUCCGACCAGGCCGCGUUGACGUGGCAGGACUCGGAGAUCACGGGGCACGAAAUCGACCGCGAGUGCGAUGACGACGGCUACGGAAUUAAUGGGCUGGGCUUCCGCCCAACGCACGCCGUCGCCCAGCACCGCGCGCUCAAGCGCCGCCAGCAGCUAUUGGAAUGGCGCGCGCGCGAGGCGCGAGAGGCGCGGCAGAAGCGGAGCGAAAGGAGGCGGUUGGCUGCGUCAAUCGUUCCCGAGAGGAAGGUGGGCGAGGCACAGAAACGUAUGGUCAGGUUCGAAUGA